CAGUCCCGCAAACAUGGCGUCCUCCAGGAGCAAGACAGCCCACGACAUCGAGACGCGGACUCGGACGGACGAUGUGCUUCCGUCGGAGGGGAUCGACUUCAGCUCGCUGCUGCUGUCGCAGGCCGUGCUGGACGGCCUGUCCUGCUCGGGCUUCCAGAAGCCGUCUCCGAUCCAGCUGAAGGCGAUCCCGCUGGGCCGCUGCGGGCUGGAUUUGAUUGUACAAGCCAAGUCCGGCACGGGAAAGACGUGUGUGUUCUGUACCAUCGCCCUUGACUCUCUGGUUUUGGAGAAUUCAGCUACUCAGGUUCUUGUUUUGGCUCCCACACGUGAAAUAGCCGUGCAGAUCCACUCAGUGGUGAUGGCCAUCGGCUGUGCCAUGGAGGGUCUGGAGUGCCACGUGUUCAUCGGGGGCAGACCAGUGAGUCAAGACAAAUUCCACCUGAAGAAGUGCCACAUAGCUGUGGGCUCACCAGGUCGCAUCAAGCAGCUGAUUGAGCUGGGCAUGUUGUCCACCGCCAGCAUCAGACUGUUUGUCCUGGACGAGGCAGACAAACUGCUGGAGGAGGGCAGUUUUCAGGACCAGAUCAACUGGAUCUUUUCCUCUCUGCCUGUCAACAAACAGAUGCUUGCCCUCUCUGCCACCUACCCAGAAAGCCUUGCUCAACACCUCACGCGCUACAUGAACGAGCCCACUUUUGUUAGACUCAAUCCAAGCGACAUGGGCCUGAAAGGUCUGAAGCAGUAUUACAAGCUGGUGCAUUCCCAUCCACUCCCUCACAAGGUCUUUGAGGAGAAGGUGCAGCAUUUACUCGAGCUGUUCAGUAAAAUCCCCUUCAAUCAAGCCUUGGUUUUUUCCAACCUGCACACAAGAGCUCAGCACCUGGCAGACAUCCUGUCCUCCAAAGGCUUACCCUCUGUUUGUAUAUCAGGUGGCCUGAGUCAGGAUCAGAGACUGGAGGCGAUGUCAAAACUGAAGCAGUACCAGUGCAGGGUUCUCAUCUCCACUGACCUGACUUCCAGGGGUAUCGAUGCAGAGAAAGUCAACCUAGUGAUAAAUCUGGACGUGCCGCAAGACUGGGAAACCUAUAUGCACAGGAUUGGACGGGCCGGACGUUUCGGCACUCAGGGGUUGGCUGUGACCUACUGUUGCCAUGGUGAGGAAGAGAACAAGAUGAUGGCCAUCGCUCAGAAGUGUGGCCUCAAUUUGUCUGCUCUGCCUUCCACCUUACAGCCUAGCCUGAUGGAUGAGCCAUGUGACUGGGAUGUCUGCACAGAGGCCUCGACUCCAGCCUCUGUAUCCCAGCUGUUGUCCAGAACCGAAAAGAAGCAUGCAAAGACCAGAGUCCCUGUGUCUCAUCCCAAAGUGGAGCAGGCUGCAAAGCACAAAAGUCAAAGGAAGCCAGAAAAACCCUGCCCUGGACCUGAGAAAGGACUACACACUGAAGAAAAUGUAAGGCAUACACCUGCCAAAGGAGAACACGUAGCGCUGCAGAAGCCAACUCGAAAAGAGCUGCAAGAUGCCCUGCCAAAGAUUCCUCCUCUCAGCUCGUUCAAGAAAUGUGCGCCAAGGUUUAUGAGCUUUGGCGAAGCAGAGCGAGACUUCCAGGCGUUCAUGACCACAGGGUUAGGGAGGUCGGUGGAGAUCAUCCGGGAGUUCAGGGGCAAAGAAGAUGGUGAAAAUCACAGAGAAUCUGUCAUACUUCAUGAAGACGAAGAGGAAAAUGUAACACAAACUUGUGAUUGGUUCAAAUCUAACUCUUCACCUCAGAGGUCAGCCUGUGGUUCCUCUGGUUCCCUCUCCGAUAUGGAAGAAGAUGCGACUUUGGGAGGCUCAGAUCAGACUAAGGUAGUUGAAAAGGAGGCUAUCACUAAACUUCAGACUGAAACCACAACCACAGUGCAGAACCCCCCUGCACCCACUACAUAUGACCAGGAUUCCUCUUCAACAAGUGACAGAGGUUUGUUUCACUCUGAGAGCAGUGAAUCGGUGGCAAGCACUGAAGCAAGCGGGCAAACCAAUCAGACAGCUCCAGCGAAGACUUACAGAGAUGAAUCAAAAAAGAUGAAAAAGAAUAAAAAGCUCUCAAAGAAGAUGAAACACGAUCCAAAGAUAGAAAGGGAUGAAGAAGGCUGCAUGGACACAGAGGACGAGUGUAGCUCUGAGGCGUACUGGAGAGCCUGCUACAGAGCCUGGGACGAUUAUUACACUUCUAUGUCGCACUUUCAAGGGCAAGGAUACCAAGGCUAUUAUGAUUUAGCUCACAACUGGAUGGCAGCUUAUCGCAUGAAUGCAGUCUACAUGCAGGAACUUCUGAAACACUGACCCAUCUGUGAUGUUAAUCAACAUUUCAUAUCAUGCGUGUACUGUCGUCUUGGGAGUCAAACACAUUUGCAAUGGAGUCUUUGAAUUUUUCAGUUUAUUCAUUUGAUCUAUUCUAUCAGUUUUGUAAUAAAUGACAUGAACUGCA